AAACUGACCUAUUUUGUAGUUAGAGAAAAGAGAUGGCGCAAUCACUUCCUGAUGAUCAAGCAUCCAAGCUAGAUUCUGCAAUUCGCGAUCUCAUCAUCAACUACCAUGAGUUGAAUGCGACUGUCAUAGAUGAACUCUACGAAGAACCAAGUGCUCUCGAGUUUAUGCAAUAUGUCGCUCGCAAUCGGCCAUUCGUCGUAAGAAAAGGUGCCGAAGACUGGACUGCUGUCCAAAAAUGGGACUCGCAUUAUCUACUCAGCGUUCUUGGUGACAGCCUCGUCAAUGUAGCCAUUACUCCAUUUGGCAACGCAGACGCCGUGCUGAAAGAAGAUGAUGGUUCGUUAUCCUACGUAAAGCCCCUCGAAAGACUCGAGCCCUUCGACAAGGUCAUCCGCUAUAUCUCAGAGCAAGAAUCGAAUCAAGAAAAAGCAACACCCAUCAAGUAUGCCCAGACGCAGAACGACAAUCUCCGCAACGAAUACUCCUCCCUCUUCGAAGACGUCCCCUCAGACAUCCCUUUCGCUCGCAUCGCCCUCCGCAAGAACCCCGAGGCUGUGAACUUCUGGCUCGGCAAUAGCCUGUCCACGACCUCCCUCCACAAAGACAACUACGAAAACAUCUAUGUCCAAGUCCGAGGCCAAAAACACUUCGUCAUCAUGCCUCCUGUUGCUGCCGCUGCUGUGAACGAGCAGAGUAUCUCCGGCACAACAUAUACUUCGACAAAUGGGGACGAAGAGGCAGAGUUGAAAGUAGAGGAUUUGAAGCACACACUUGACGAGCCUGAAUUGAUCGUGCCGGUGCCGACUUGGGAUCCGGACUUCCCUGAUGUUCGAUCCACACCGUAUUCGGAGCUUGUCAAACCGUUGAGAGUUACCUUGAAUGAGGGUGAUAUGAUGUACUUGCCUGCUCAGUGGUAUCACAAGGUCGAGCAGAGUUGCGGUGAUGAAGGAUACUGCUGUGCUGUCAACUACUGGUACGACAUGGAGUUCGGCGGAUCCUUCUGGGCCUCGAAUGCCUUUGCCCGCGAUAUCGCUAGGGCUGUCAACAACUAGACGACUACAACGACAUAAAAAAGACUGUACUUGCUGAAGUCAUGCGUGCUCUCGUUGGAGACUACUUCAACACUACAAAAGAUUGUGCGAGUCUACAGUCUUGUUUCCGGUGAAUCUAAUGUACCAGGAGCCAUGACUCCUUUGUAGAAUCAUCAUUUGUGACUAUAUGCUCUAUUCUGCUUGGAUGGUUCCUCCCCCUCGGCUGACUGAGUGAGAGGUCGCCGUCUAAAUACACAAUGCUUCCUCGGGUCGA